AUGAUUUUCUUUGUGUUGCAUAAAGUUAUCAUUAUUAUCCUUGGAGAUUUUUCAUUCAAAGCAUUACCUAGUAAUUGCAAUAUAGACUUUCUAAUAACAAAUGAAAAUUAAUUGGUGGGAGCCUCUUUUUCAGAUAUUCUUAUCAGCGGUUUUGGAAUACUUGUUCUUGCUCUCCCGUAUAUUGAUGCUGUCACUGCCUACUUUGGAAUCGGUACUUCACUAUUCAGUGCAUUUAUUGUAAUCAGAGAUCCAGAUGAUUACGCUGUUGCCGGAAGUUUCAAUAAAGCUUUAACACAAACUAUGUCCGUGUGCUUUAAUUUCCACAAAAUUGCUACUAUUACAAUGGCUGUAUUGACCGGAGUUGUUGGAGUAGGUGUUGGAUUGCUCGGUGGAGGUCUAUAUGGCUUCCUUGGUAUUAUUGCCUUCUUCGGUUUUAGAGUUCUAGCACAUUUAACUUCAGGAUAUCUCCCCCAACUACUUGUCCUAGUAAUACUUAUACAAGAUUAUUUGAUUAAGUAGACGAUAGUAAAAGCUUAGAAUUUAUGA